GCCUGAGGAACUAAUUCUCAGGCAUUGGAAACUUGUUGUAGUUGAUGAGCAAGGCAUUCACCAUAAAGACUAUGUUCACAGUCGUUGCCUAUUUGCUAUUGUCAAAUGUUAUAGUACCCAGUGUCAGUGGUGCUGGAGCAUGUGGCAAGACACCGGUAAACACUGUGGCUGCGAGCAUGAGCUCAUGCUUAGUUGCUGCAAAGAGUGCGACGGCUAAGGUGCCACCGGCUUGUUGUGCUAGGGUGACAGCAAUGAUCAAGUCCUCUCCUGCAUGCCUUUGUGCAGUUUUCUUGUCACCACUGGUGAAAAACGCUGGGGUUAACCCAGCUGUGGCCGUAUCGAUCCCUAAACGUUGCAACAUUAAGAACCGACCCGCCGGUCACAAAUGCGGACGAUACGUGCUGCCCUAAGAACUAUAUGGAGGCGAGGAGGAUGAGCAAUAUAGCAUUACUCAAUGCAGCAUGCAGAUAUUUAUGAUACCAUAUUAUGAGAGCGUAUGUAAUAAAUAAAUGGAUUAAUAGCUAUUACUUACCUUAUAAUUCCAUUUGGACUCUUUAUCUUCUUUA